UGUUCUGAUUGUUAAGAGAAUCAGCAGGGCUGAGACUUCUGUUGUUGCUGAACUGGCGGCAACUGCAUAGACUAUAACACACAUUUGCCACCAUUAUUCAGCUGAAAUCCUCAAAAAAGAAGAACCAAAGGAGUGAACCAAACUGCUGAAAAUAGGAACUUCUUACCCAACGCCAUGAAGUUGCUCAUUGCUGUCUUUGUAAUGCUGAGUGUUCCCAUCCCAGUCAGAGAGGCAUCAACUUAUCAUUGGCACACACCAAGAAAGCUGGGAAGCAAGACUAAAUAUGAACAAAAAGAUUGUACCUGUUUUAAUGGGGGAAAGUGCAUCACCUACCAUCUGUUUUCUCGUAUGAAACGCUGCUUAUGCCCUAAAGGAUAUAGUGGAGAUCACUGUGAAAUAGAUGCGGAAAGUCAUUGUUAUACUGACAAUGGAGAAGACUACAGAGGGAUGGAGUCAGUGAAUGAGAACAAUGAAAGAUGCCUGGCUUGGGAUUCUCCCAUGCUGAAGAGAUGGCCUUACAAUAAUGAGAUGGAGAACGCUCUGGAGCAUGGCUUAGGCAAGCACAACUAUUGCAGAAACCCAAAUGGCCAAUCCAAACCAUGGUGUUACGUUAGAAAAGGAUACCGAACUUCUUCAACACCCUGUGAUAUACCUACUUGUAAAAAACAACCCACAUGUGGCCAGAGGAGUAUGAAUAAGAGCUUUAAGAUUGUGGGCGGGCGAAAAGCAACAAUUGAGUCUCAGCCUUGGAUAGCAACUAUCUUCCAGUCUGCCAGAAGAGGUCCUCAGGAGUCAUUUCUUUGUGGCGGUAGCCUCAUAGAUCCGUGUUGGGUCCUCACAGCAGCUCAUUGUUUUGAUACCAAGGCUCUCCAGUCAUCUCAGUUCACUGUUGUCCUUGGAAAGUCUGCACUGAAUGCUACUGAUACAAAGGAGCAAAAAUUCAAUGCUGAUAGAAUUAUUGUUCAUGAAAGAUAUUCGCAUGCAAGGGGGGACUAUGAUAAUGACAUUGCCCUCAUGAGGAUCAGAUCAGCUUCUGGUCAGUGUGCACAAGAGACAGACACUGUCAAAACCAUCUGUUUGCCAUCUCAAAAUGACAUACUGAGAGACAAUUUUGAAUGUGAAGUUUCUGGCUAUGGAAAAGCAAACAGGACUGACAUUUUCUACUCAAGGAUGCUGAAAUCAACCAAUGUGAACUUGAUAUCGCAGUCCAUGUGUCGAAAAUACUACGAGAAUCGUGUGGUGAAUGGCAACAUGUUGUGUGCCGGGGGCCUACACUGGAAGACUGAUUCAUGCAGUGGAGAUUCUGGUGGUCCCCUCAUUUGUGAGUUCGGUUCCAGAAUGGUGCUGCAUGGAAUAGUCAGCUGGGGCGAUGGCUGUGCUCAAAAAGAGAAGCCCGGAGUCUACACAAGAGUCACAGAGUACCUCCCUUGGAUUGAAUCCCACAUCAAUGGAGUCCAUUUCAAAAGUUACUACCCUCCUAAAUGAAGAGGGGACCUUCCACUGCUACAUGAAGCCUUGGUGUUAACCAACAAAACUAAUGGAAACUGAGCCAAGUGACAUUAUUGUGCAUUGAAACUCCGAGAUUUGUUUUGGAGUGGACUUUUCCUCUUUAGAAGUUGCCUUCUAAGGCUUCUUUAGGGGUUAGUUUGUUAACAUGCACAUCAUUUUGUCUCAGGUAGAAGUCAACAGCCAUCACUGUGAACAGUAUGAAGACUCUUCUGUGGGGGGCAAAACCAGUAAUAUUUAAUAAUUAAAUAAGGAGAGUUUUGUCAUCCAUGGGUCACAUUAUCUAAAGGAGUCAGUAUUAUACUAUGUCAGUUGUGGUUUGGUAAAAUCAGUUGUUCACUUCCUUAAGUUGGUGCCAUCUUGAAAAGCCCAGGUAUCCCAGCUUAAGGGAUGGGGUUUAAUUAUAUUGGCAAACUGCAUUCAAUGGAACUUAAGUGACUUAAACUUUCUCUAGGCUGCACUGUCAAUUUUUAUUUUUCAUUUGAAUGAUAGCUUUUAAGAAAGCUAUGCUAAAGGUGCAAGCCAGCAGCCAUUGUGUUCUCAAAAUCUGGAAGCAUGUUCAAGAGCAAUAAAGUGGAAGAGGGGGUUGUGGAUGCUCCUCAGCAUUUCAGUUCCUACCAAAGAAAACUGAAGCGGUUUUAGCUACAAAGAACCUUCUAGAAAUUGGUGAAAUUUUAUUUUAUAAUUGUAUUUUACCCAUGCUUUUUAGUCCAUGUCAUCACAACUGUCCUAGAGAGACUAUUGUAACCUACCCGAAAACAUGUUGCCAUGUCCAUGAAGUUGUGCCAGACCACCUGAGAUACUUGUGAUUUUGGGAAACCAAAAAUGUCACUGGGCCAUCACUUGGGGGUUUGGUGAGUCAACAUCUCUGUAACAUUCAAAUAGGCCUACUCUAAAUGUGACUUACUUUAGGUUCUCAUGUGCAAUGAAUUGGAACUGGGCAUGACUGACUUCAAGUAGGUGUCUGUUAAGGAUUACUGGCAUUAAAUGAUAAGAGACUAUAAACAAAAAUGUCAAUGACAUGAAAAACAUUUUUAAAAUGCUACCAGAUUUUCAGAUUUCAACAUGUUUGGUUUUAAAGGAAAAGGCAGUUUCUAGGGUGUAGUUACUUCUGACAUAGUACAAACACAGAUCUGCAGAAAUUGCUAAGAUUCGCCAGAUAAGAACGUAAUAUUUUAAGCUAGUUAAUUCAGGAAUAUAUUUCAGCUAAUCCCCUCCAUAUUGACAUUCAGACAGUCUCUUUAACUCAGAGUUUCUCCUUAAAAUCUUAUCCUGCCAUAUUUGUUUAGUUGUGUAGAAUAAUGUCAGCAUUUCAAUGUGUUGUCGCAGAAGGGCAUCCUCUGGAUCAGUAGUUUCCAGCCUUGGAUCCCCAGAUGUUCCUGGACUACAGUUCCCAGAAAUCCUGGUCAACACAGCUAAUGGUGAAGGCUUCUGGGAGUUUUAGUGCAGGAACAUCUGGGGACCCAAGGUUGGAAACCAUUGCUCCAACAUGGCUAAUACCCAUGGAUUAACAAGGUAUAGUCUGGUCAUGGGUUGCCUAUUUUGAUAUAGUACAUAAGUAAAAAAGAGAGUUAGCCUAAAUGAAAAGAUGUCUUCUCAGGAAAACUUGGGAAGAGGGUGGGGUGGGGUCCAGGACUCUCCAACCAAUGUCGAGAUCUCUUAUCAGCUUACAGUUGGCAGAAUUCAAUCGGGAGGGCACAACAGGUAAAGAGAUAUGAAACAAAAGCUGGUAAAUAAAGGAACAAUGUUGAUCUUACUGUCACAUUCUCUCAUUCUCAGGGAAGUCCCCCUAUUUGUCUCCAUCUAUGAAAGCCUUUCCACUAACCCUUACUGUGUUUGCAAUGUCUCUUCUGCACUUGAGGAAAAAA